GGUGGGGUUGCCGUUGUGUUCUUUGUUCCAGUCUUUGGGACAGUCUUUCCCCAAUUUUCGGGGAUGAUGAGAUCGGCGAAUGUUUUUUUUUGGCGAGGGGUCUUUCACAUGCUGCUGCUUAGUGUGCUGCACCUUUAUUCCUUGAAAUGAGGAGUGGGUGAGCUGCGAAGGAUCUACUGUGCACGCACCCAUCACAUGACCCGCAACGUCGUUCCCUCACCCGCGACAUCACCAUCAGUGCAGCGACAGCAGCAGCAGCACAAGCCGUGACCUUCUCCAGCCCAUUCACAUUCACAUCCACAUCCACAUCCGCCACCAUGGCCGGCCCCAGCAAGUCUUUGAUUCUCGACCCGGCCCUCCAGAAAUACUACGACCUCACCGCCAACCGGUACAAGUACUUCCGGUGGACGCCGCGCCAUGCCUGGUUCUCUUUCCUGUACAUGGCUCUGAUCCCGGGGGCGCUGGGCUAUGUGGCGUAUAACACUGAGGGCAAAUACGAUUUGCGCGGCAAGCGCAAGGGAGAUACGAUUGUGGAGUGGUAGAGGGGUGAUGAUCUGGUGGGAAGAGAUAGUAGGGCAGAAGGAUGGGGGCUGGGUUGUAUCUAUUAUACCGCGGUGCAAUUGAUUUCGUUUCGUUGUUUUAUUGGGGACGGAAUUUGUCGUGCUCGGGGUGUACUGGUGGCUGAUAGUAGUUGGGAUCGGUGAGUAGGUACAGUAUAUGAAAGCAUCUAAGAUGCAGGAUCCAUCUGCUCUAUCUCAGAGCAUUUAAACCGGACAGGCAGUCAAUUCCAUAGCCGUUAGAAACGAGGUAUAAUCCAUUCCACUCCCCUCAACCCUCACUAUCGUACACGCCUGCAAUCCCAGCUACCCAAACUACCACCUCAACCCUUCACUGGAAACCCACUGAACAACU